AGUACCAUGUCGAUCGCACUUGGGGAAAUCCUUUUAGUUCAUUUGACCAUCUUAACUGGCCUUUGCUGCUGUUUUCCUACCAAUGUGAAUCCCGAGGAGGACCCAAACAUACCGCCGAUCGCCAAGUACUUCACCACGAAAGGUAGGUAUGAGGAAGUGAACCCGUAUCUCAUCGAGGACAUACUCGCUGUAAACAGAUCGAUCCUGCAGCCUCCGUCUGCACAAUGUCGCCAAAUCCAUCUGACCGCCAUCAUACGGCACGGCACGAGGUACCCGACCAGCAGAAACGUCAAGAAGAUGCAGAAGCUCUACGAGGUGGUCAAGAGCAGCCCCCCGGGCACAGAGAGCUGGCUGCGCGAACUCCAGACCCAGUGGACCAUGUGGUACACUGAGGACAUGGACGGCCGACUGGUCCAGAAAGGUGUGAACGACCACAGGCACCUGGCCGUCAGGCUGUCAAAGCUGUUCCCCUCUCUGGUUUCUGAGGAGAAGCUCAGAGGUGGAUUCAUCAAAUUCAUCACCAGCUCCAAGCACAGGUGUGUCAACAGCACACUGUCCUUCAAGGCGGGACUGACCGAGCUGUGGGCGAUUACAGAUAGGGAGUUUGACCACGCAGUGGACGAUGCUCUCAUGAGGUUCUUUGACCAGUGCGCCAGGUUUGUGCAGGAAGUUGACAACAACCCCUCAGCUCUGUCAGAGGUGGACAAGUUCAGGCAGGGACCAGAGAUGAGGAGGGUCACGGAGAAGAUCGCAGACCGGCUCAAAGUCCCCUACAGUGACAUCACAGAUGAUAUGGCCGAAGCUGCAUUUUAUUUGUGUGCUUACGAGCUUGCCAUCAAGACUGUGAACUCCCCCUGGUGCCGGCUUUUUGAUGAAGUUGACGCACAGGUUGUGGAGUAUGCAAAUGACCUCAAGCAAUACUGGAAAAGAGCUUAUGGGUAUGAUAUCAACAGCAAGUCGAGCUGCAUUCUCUUCCAUGAUGCAUUUAGUCGACUGGACAAAGCAGCCAGCGAGAUCGAGGCUGGGCAGCAGGUGACCGAGGCUGUGACAGUCCAGGUCGGCCAUGCCGAGACCCUCCUGCCGCUGCUCACCCUCCUGGGCUUCUUCAAGGACAGCGAUGCCCUGACCUCCACCAACUACGCCACACAGGCCCAGCGCUCCUUCCGCACCAGCCACAUGUUACCCUACGCAGCUAACCUCCUCUUGGUGCUGUACGACUGCGGCGGAGGCGACCUGAGACUGCAACCGCUGCUCAACGAGAAGCCCGUGACCUUCCCCGGGUUGACGAGCCGGUCGGCCUCCACGCCGCUCUAUCAAGACGUCAAAGAUCACUACAGGGAGCUGCUCCAAAGCUGUGACUUCGAGGCCGAGUGUCAGCUGAGUCCCGCUUAAGUCUCAGCAGACACACUUGAUCCUGGAAAAGAGGCAUCGCAGUGGCUUAAUUUGUGUUUUAUGGGUCUUCCGGCUAAGAAAAGGCAGAUUUGGUGUCUCACAGCCAAGCAAUUGUAUUUCAAGUUCACCUGUACUGUUGCAGUAUUACUUCAACUAUAUUGCUUAUUUUUUUGCAACGUUUAAUUCCAGAAAUUAAAGAAUUUAUUUUUGCAGUGUA